AUGGCGAAGGGAGCGGAGAGGAAGAAAAAGAAAACGAAGGACGAGAAGGAGAAGGACAAGGAUAAAGUCAAGCUUAAGAGGGGGAAGUCUGGGGACCUGACCGAGGAGACGGGGUUGGGGUUGGGGUUGGAGGUGGAGGUGCCGGGGGCGGUGGCAGUGGCCCAGUCGGAGGAGAACCUGGUGUGCCGGGUGAUGCCCGAGCAGCCCGAGGAGGAAGCAGCCCCCGAGAGCCUGGACACGUCGCCCGAGGCCACACUCACCUACUACGAGGAGCCCGUUCUGACCAAACUGAUCGUGACGAGCUAUGAGGGCGAGACAGUGCGAGGGCUUUAUGAAGGUGUUGGGAUUGCCCGUUUCCAAGGAGGUCAUGUGUAUGAAGGUGUAUUUUCAGAAGGUCUGAUGCACGGGAGAGGUACUUACGUGUGGGCAAACGGAACAAAGUAUGAAGGAGAUUUUUCGAUGAAUGUCCCUACAGGCCAUGGCACCUAUACAUGGACUGAUGGCAGCACCUAUGUUGGUGAUGUGCAAGAUGGAAUACGCCAUGGACAGGGGACAUUCAUGAGUGCUGAUCGAUCUAUCUCUUACACUGGAGACUGGUACUAUGGCAAGAGGCACGGCAAGGGAACAAUAUACUAUAAUGAAGAAGGAAGCUCAUGGUAUCAAGGUGAUUGGGUGAACAAUGUCAGAGAAGGCUGGGGCAUUAGACGGUAUAAGAGUGGGAAUGUGUAUGAGGGAGAAUGGAAGAACUUUACACGCCAUGGAGAAGGCACCAUGAGUUGGAUUUCUACUAAUGAAGAAUACACCGGUCAAUGGGAAAAUGGUAUUCAGCACGGAUUUGGGUCCCACAACUGGUUUCUGAAGAGGGUGUCAGGAACUCAGUAUCCACUAAGAAAUCAGUACGUAGGGCAGUUUGUGAAGGGACUCCGUCAAGGGCAUGGCAAGUUCUUCUAUGCAAGUGGAGCUAUGUACAUUGGUGAAUGGCUGGAAAACAAGAAGCAUGGUUCAGGAACAUUCGUCUUUAAGAAUGGUCGCACUUUUGAGGGAGAAUUUUUGGAAGACUGUAUGGCAGAGUUUCCGAAUUUUACAAUUGAUGGCAUGAAUACACCAGACCUCAGUACAAUACGUACCCAAUCACCAAUUGAAACUGGAAAUGUGAAAAAAAGUGGAUCAAAAGGUGUCAUUCAGUCAGUUCUGCAACAUAAUGUAGAGCUUAAUAUUGAAUCACUUUUGGAAAAGAUCCCAGUUGAAGACCGAGAAUACGAGACUUUGCAGUUAAAGUAUGCUGUUCUUCGACAUUUCACACAACUAAAAAGGAUAUACAGGUUCUACAGUAGUCUGGGUCACCGGGAAUCCCUGGAUAAUACCUUCUUAUUGAACCAGCUUCAGUUCUGGCGGUUUCUCAAAGACUGCAGAUUUCACCAUUAUGGCUUGAGCCUGGCUAACAUGGACAGAAUUCUUCAUGAACAAUUUACUAUAGUGGAGGAUACUCACUCUCCAUUUGAUACAUUACUGCUGGGGAAAUUUCUGAGCUAUAUUGUUAUCCUGGCAUACCACAUUUACCAUAAGGAACAUGAAGGCCGGCAUCCAAUUCUUGAAGCUUGUUUUUCCAAACUAAUGACUGACAAUCUUAUUCCUUAUGCCUGCACUGUUAAUGGGAGUUUAUUUCAACAACAAGAAAGUACUACAAUCGCUCUUGGCUACAUAAAUAAAUGCUGGGAGGUGUACAGAACUUACUGGGAACAAAACCAUAAGCCACCCAACACCAGUAUCAUGACAAUGAGGCACUUCCUGUGGAUGAUCAAGGAUCUAAAUUUAUUGAGCAAACGCUUGACAGCUACUCGCAUUGUGGAGAUCUUGUCUCAGGAUAACCCAGCAGUGUCUGAUGGAACCUACAACAACAUGGAUGUUGAGAUGGUGUUCUUGGAAUUUUUAGAAGCCCUGCUCUCAUGCGCAGAAGUUUAUGUGACUAAAAGAAUGCUUGAAAGUUCAGAACCCUCCUCCACAAAGUCAAACAGUGUGAAUAUAACUCUUCUUACAACUACUGCGUCAGCUCAGCUGAAACAAGAACCUUUAGACCUGCAGGUCUCAGUCCAAGAACACGUUUCUCCAGAGCCAAAUGGACGUGGCAUGAAAUCCCUCACAAAGAAACGCGGAGAGGCUAAUGGAGGCUCUUCAAGGAAAUCGGAGCGUAAGAAGAAUAAAGCCUCUGCCUCAUCAGCCGAGAAGUCUUCGAAAUCAUCUGCCCAUCACGAUCAGAAUAAAUCAGCAGCUUUGAGCAAAACCAUCCAGAAGGAAGAAGAACUAAGCCAGAACUUAGCACCAUUGCUGCAUCCUGUGGACUCCUUGGCACCACCUGGAGAUUCACUGAGUGAAAUAAGUGAACACGGCAAAGCAGCAGAAGUUCUGCUACAGGUGUCCAGGCCUGAAGAAGCUUUGGAAGAGAAGGUUCUAACUGUGAAGGUCCCCAGUCCAAAGCCUGUGGUCAAGUCAGGGUCUGAGUUGGAAUUCUGGUUGAGUCAAAUCUGUUUCUUCUUCAUGAAGAGGUUGUUUCCUGCCUUUGAGCACGCCGAGGUUUUGAAGUUAGAGGCAAAGAGAGACAUGGUGAGAGAGAAUGAGCUGGCUCACCAAGCAAGGAUGGAAGCAGAAGCAAGAGCAAGGUCGAAAGGGACAGCUGUAAAAUGCAGCACAAAGAACGAAUUACCAUUGAAUGUUGAGAAUACUGGCUCACUAAGUGAUGAAGAAGAUAAAAUUUCUGCUCCAACACGCAAGGACAUUUUUUCUGCAAUACCUACCAAGAAAAGCAGUGCAGUCAAAAAGAAGAAAAGAACCAUCUGAGCCAGUUCCUUACCUAUAAACUAGGAUCAAUUUUAA